CUGAUCGUUGGCGCCGUUGCUGCUCGUCGCCGCCGGAAACGCAUGCGCCGCCAUCUCCCAACAAUCGCCAUCCUCCCGCCGCGAUGCGCCCCCGCGCCUCCUUCCGCGGCCGCGGCCGGCAUCGCCGUCCCGGAGGUGCUGUCCCUCCUGGAGCGGGCCAUCUCCGGGGGGGACGUGCUCCGCCUCGGCCGCGCCGCGCACGCGCUCCUCGUCAAGACGGCGCUCACCAGCCACACCCUCCUAUCCAACCGCCUUGUCGCGCUCUACUCCCUGCUCCCGUCCCCGGACGCCGCGAUCGCCGCCUUUCACGACCUCCCGCACAAGAACCCGCACUCCUACAACACGCUACUCGCCACGCUGUCGCGCAGACCGGGCACCCUCCCCGACGCCCUCCACCUGUUCGAUGCAAUGCCGGCCGACGCACGCAACCUUGUCUCCUACAACACCGUCUUAUCGUCGCUCGCGCACCACAGCAGGCAGGAAGAGGCUCUCCGCUUGGUUGCCCGGCUCGCCAGGGACAGGUUCUUGGGGCCAGGGUUGGCCAUCGACCGCUUCACGGUGGUCAGCAUGGCGACUGCGUGCGCGGGAAUCGGAGCUGAGAGGCCGCUACGGGAGAUGCACGGCGCGGUGCUGGUGUCGGGUAUGGAGAUGACCAUCAUCAUGGCCAACUCCAUGGUGAACGCCUACAGCAAAGCUGGAAGGGUGGAGGAUGCGAGGCGGGUGUUUGAUCAGGUCAGCGUCCGGGACAAAAUCACUUGGACAUCGAUGAUCUCUGGGUACUGCCAAGCGAAGAUGCUUGAUAAGGCAGUGCAGGUGUUUGAUAUGAUGCCGGAUAAUGAUAGGGUUGCAUGGACAGCAUUAAUAUCUGGGCAUGAGCAGAAUGGAGAGGAGGAUGCCGCUCUUGAGCUGUUCGAACGGAUGUUGGCCGAGGGGGUAUGGCCAACGCCUUUCUCCUUGGUGUCAGCUUUGGGUGCAUGUGCCAAACUUGGGCUUGUCACACGGGGGAAGGAAUUGCACUGCUACAUCUUGCGCCAAAGCAUCGGGACAGACCCUUUCAACAUCUUCAUCUACAAUGCGCUCCUUGACAUGUACUGCAAGUGUGGUGACAUGAUGGCGGCUAUGGCACUGUUUCACCGGAUGCCUGAGAAGGACUACAUCUCUUGGAACUCGAUGGUUACCGGGUUCUCACAUAAUGGUUUGGGAAAGCAGUCGCUUGACACAUUUGAGGAGAUGUUGGUAGCUGGAGUUCAGCCAACCCAUGUCACUUUUCUUGCUGUCCUCACGGCCUGCAGCCAUUCUGGUCUAGUAUCUGAUGGACGCCUCGUUCUUGAAUCAAUGGAGGACCAUGGUCUUGAACCUAGGGCAGAACACUAUGCUGCCUACAUAGACGCUCUUGGUCGGAAUUGCCAGCUGGAAGAAGCAACUGAGUUCAUCAAAGAUUUGCCAUCCAGGAUUGGUCCUGGUACAGCUGGGUCCUGGGGAGCUCUCCUAGGUGCAUGUCGUAUUCAUGGAAAUAUCGAGCUUGCAGAGGAAGUGGCAGAGUUCCUCUUCCGGUUAGAGCCUGGGAACAGUGGUCGGUAUGUCAUGCUGUCAAACAUCUAUGCCGCGGCAGGACAGUGGGAUGAUGCACGUCGAGUCAGGGGACUCAUGAAGGAGAAGGGCCUUAGGAAGGAUCAGGCUUACAGUUGGAUCGAAGUGCGGAGUGCAAAGCACGUAUUCGUUGCUGAGGACAUGUCUCAUCGUGAGGCAGAUGAGAUAUAUGAGAUGUUGGGCAAGCUUCUCGACCAUAUGCGCAUAGCAGGGGAUCCUACUGAACACCAGCUUGAUUUGUGUUGAGAGAAACUGCCCAUGUGUAAAAAAGCAUUGCUCCUGAAUAUUCAGGACAAUCACUCUGGUAUGGCCACUCUAAAGCGAGGUCCACUGAUUUGCCAUCGGUGUCCUCAUUCCUUGCCAAGUAAAGUAUUAAGCCUUGUGAUGCUGCAAAACAGCUCCAGCGUCCAGGGCUUCAGUUGUUGCAGAAGCACAAAUGCUCCACAAGGUUUACCUAGAGAAUCAACUCCAGUGAAUUCAAUGCUCCAAGUGCCGUACCAUGGCAUAAUCUGUCAGGCUUCAACCACAUCAAAACCUACAAGAGUUUGACUCAUUCAGUUUUAGUUCUAUGUUAACUUCAGAAUCAAAUAUUCCUGUGCACCAUACCAUCAGCUGAUCUUUCUUUUUUACCAUUGACUGAUUCUUCAGAACGGUGAUAAAUGUUAGAAGGUUAAUAGAGAUUCUGAUUUGGUGUAGUUUGUAACUCUAGGUAUCUUUUGGACAACUGAUCACUUUCUUGUCCAAAUUAAGGGCAAUGA